AUGUUGGCAGAUUGGGAGCUAAUUGAAUUGGAGGAGGAUAUGUUGGGAGAGUUUAGCAAAGCCCAUGAAGCUAUUAGGUCAUUAGAUAGUUCAAUUGCUAAGAUCAAUUUACCUACCAUGAUCACCGCGGAUACUGAAAGAAUUGGGAUAAGAAGGAAGCCUUUUGUGGUAAUUGGAAUAAACACCGCGUUCAGUAGCAGAAGGAGACGUGAUUCCAUUAGAGAAACUUGGAUGCCUCAAGGUGAAAAACUACUCCGAUUAGAGCAAGAAAAAGGGAUCAUUGUUCGCUUCAUGAUAGGCCACAGUGCUAUAUCUAAUAGCAUUUUAGAUCGAGUCGUUGAUCUUGAAGAUGCUCAGCAUAAAGACAUGACAAUUCGAUCUGAUCACAUAGAAGGAUACCACGAGUUAUCUGCAAAAACAAAAGAUUUUUUCGCUACUGCAGUUGCAAACUGGGAUGCAGAGUUCUAUGUAAAGGUUGAUGACGAUAUUCACGUUAAUUUAGGCACUCUGGCUGCAACGCUAGCCAGACAUCGAUUGAAAUCAAUGGUGUAUAUAGGAUGCAUGAAAUCCGGUCCAGUAAUUUCCUCUGAAACUUCUAAUUUCAAGACAUUCUUAUUAGAAGUAAAAAGUUGUGAAGAAACGGAAGAGACGUUCUUCAUCAAACGUACUAAACAGGAAUGUAAGACACACAAAUUGAAACGGAGAGAAUAUGGUGAUUUCAGGCCUAUUCUGCAUAAAUAUGCAAAUGAAGAUGUUUCACUUGGAUCAUGGUUAAUCGGUCUUGAAGUUGAACACAUCGAUGAACGUAGAAUGUGUUGUGGAACUCCUCCUGAAUGCGAAUGGAAAGCACAAGGUGGUAAAGUUUGUGCAGCAUCGUUCGAAUGGAAUUGCAGUGGAAUUUGCAAAUCCGUCCAGAGGAUCAAGUAUGUACACGCCAAGUGUGGCGAAAAUGCUGCUACUCUUUGGGAUGCUCUCUUGUAG